AGGAGGUCAGUACUACUAUACUACUAAUUCAUAUUCACCCAUAAAUGGGUCACUAUACUCUAAAAGCCUCACCCUUUCCUUCUUCACAUGAUCAUUAUCACACUUGUUAGGGUUUUUGAGUUCAACCAAAACCACUCCUUUACAAUUACUUCCUUUCCUCUCUGUAUUACUUGCAUAAUAAUCAUUCAUCAUCUUUUUCAUCAUAUUAUAUCAAAUCACAUUACCGGCCUUUAUGCUUACAAUCGCCAUACGAAAUUUAUCGAAGAUUAUGGUAAGUAAAGAAACUAAGACCCUUUUCUUCUUCUUGGAUUUACAUAUUACUACCCUACUAAAGUUUAGAUUUUUACUCAAAAUCUUACCCCAAGAAUGACCAUCAUUCCUAAAAAGAUUGUAUUUAAUGUUAUGUCGUUUUGAUGAAAUUGCCUUCAAUAAUCAAUUUUUUGUAUGAAAAAGGAAAAAGAAAAAAGGGAAACUGAGAAAAAGGUAGAUGUGAAAUUAUUGGUAUGUUAUGUUAUAGCCAUAUUUUUUAAAAGCUAUUUGUUCACGUUAAUUGUCUUAAUUUGAUUGGGCAUGUCGUUUGAAUGAGAGAGAGAGUCACUCAAUCAAGGCAUCACGCUUCUUCAAUCAGUCAAACAGUACUACAAAAUUAAUAAUAAUAAUAAAAGGGAGAAUUAUUCUCUCUCUCUCUGAAGUUAAGUACUUCCUCAACAAGCAGACCCAAAGAACCAAACUUUAUAAGCCAUUUAUAUAUGAUAUUUCAUCCAUAACUUCACUCACUCACUCACUCUCUCACUCUCUCCUCUUUGUUUUCGAUUUCUGGCUAUGAGAUUUUAAAGGGCUCAGUUAGAGUUUGAAUCUUGAAGCUGCUUAAGGAUAAGAUGGAAUUAGAAAGAAAGGAAAAACGUUGUGUGGUAACUCAAAUCAGUAUUGGCGGAUUUGACCGCAAUGUCAAAGCAAAAGACCUUGUCAAUUUCUUAGAAGAUGAAGUUGGGCUUGUUUUCAGGUGUAGGUUGAAAACUUCUUUGACGCCUGCAGAGUCUCAUCCAAAUUUUGAGGUCAUUGAUACUGCAAAUCUUGAGAGAGCUGACAAUAACAGUGUAGUACCCCAUGCUUUUGUCCAUUUUGCCUCACCUGAUUCAGCAACUGAUGCUUUAAUGAUUGCAGAAUCUGGCAAUCUUAUGUUGGAUGGCAAUCCACUAAAGGUAAGUUUGGGACCUGAGAAUCCAUAUAGCAUGAACCAGAGGAGGAGAACUAUUAGUCCGAGGAAGAUACCUGAUGUGCUUCUUGAGAUUGGAACUUUAGUCAAACGAGAUGAGUUCUUUAGUGCUUGGAGUGGAGCUCCUAGAGGGGUUGAUUUUGUUGUUGAUCCUUUCAAUUGGACGUGCAAAUUUUGUUUCACCAAGGAUACUGUUUUCUCAUUUAAAGGCAUGGCCAAGCUCUCAACGAUGAAAUGUGAUUUUAAGGUGGAGUUUUUGGUUAGGGACAUUAAUGAAAUAAAAACUUACACUGAUACAUCAUAUUUGGUAGUUCUGUUGCAUCUGGCUUCAUCUCCGCGAGUUUGGUAUAGAACUGCUGAUGAUGAUAUCGACAUACCUGCUCCAUUUGAUAUGUUGGAUGAUGAUGAUCCUUGGAUACGAACAACAGAUUUUACUCCUAGUGGGGCAGUUGGGCGAUGCAAUUAUUAUAGAAUUUCAGUUCCACCUCGUCAUGGGGCAAAGUUGAAAAAGGCCAUGGAAUAUCUUCGACAACAGAGGGUGCAUGAGAGCAACUUAAGAUCACCUCUUAGGAUCCGGAAGGAACCUGAUUAUGGGGUGUCUAUGUCAGAUCCUUUCUUCUGCAUUCACUACAAGAAAGAUAUUUCAUUUGAGAUUAUGUUCUUAUUGAAUGUUGUCAUGCAUAAAGGAGUAUUUAAUCAGUACCAGUUUUCUGAUGAUUUAUUUGAUCUACUCAGAAGCCAGCCAUUAGAAGUCAAUGUGUCUGCUUUGAAGUACAUAAUGUGUUCCAUCAAGCGUCCGGUUUAUAAUGCAUAUGAAAAACUAAAACAUGUCCAAGAAUGGUUGUUGAGGGAACCUAAACUCUUGAAGAUUCCUAGACAGUUGGAUGACAUUGCUGAAGUUAGAAGGUUGGUUAUCACCCCAACUAGAGCCUAUUGUCUGCCUCCAGAAGCUGAACUCUCCAAUAGGGUUCUUAGACACUUUAAAGAAGUUGCUGAUCGAUUCUUAAGAGUUACCUUUAUGGAUGAAGGAAUGCAAACCAUAAAUUUGAAUGUUCUUACUUAUUUUGUUGCUCCUAUUGUAAAGGAACUCACAAAUAAUUCUUUCCCCCAGAAAACAAAAGUAUUCAAUAGGGUCAAGAACAUUCUGACUGAAGGGUUUUAUUUAUGUGGUCGCAAGUACUCUUUUUUAGCCUUCUCUUCCAAUCAAUUGAGGGAUCGUUCGGCCUGGUUUUUCGCUGAAAAUGGAAUAGUAUCUGUCCUUCACAUCAAACGUUGGAUGGGGAAAUUCACCAACAGAAAUGUUGCCAAGUGUGCUGCUAGGAUGGGCCAGUGUUUUUCCUCUACAUAUGCUACUGUAGAAGUUCCAUUGACAGAGGUUAAUUUUGACCUUCCAGAUAUUGAGAGGAAUGGUUAUAAUUUUUCUGAUGGGAUUGGCAUUAUUACUCGUGAUCUUGCAAUAGAAGUUGCUGAGAAAUUAAAGCUUGAUAUAGACGCACCGUCAGCUUAUCAAAUUAGAUAUGCUGGCUGCAAAGGUGUUGUUUCUUGCUGGCCAUCAAAGGGUGAUGGGAUCAGACUUUCUUUGAGGGCUAGUAUGAACAAGUUUAAUUCUAACCACACUAUAUUGGAAAUUUGUUCUUGGACUAGAUUUCAGCCUGGUUUUCUGAAUAGACAGAUUAUAACUUUGUUAUCGACAUUAAAAGUUCCUGAUGAAAUAUUCUGGAAAAUGCAAGAGACCAUGGUUUCUAAGUUAAACCAAAUGCUUACAGAUGCAGAUGUGGCUUUUAACGUUCUUACUGCGUCCUGUGCUGAGCAAGGGAAUGUACCAGCAAUGAUGUUAAGUGCAGGUUUCAAGCCCGAUUCAGAACCUCAUUUACGAGGUAUGUUAACUUGUGUAAGAGCUGCACAACUUUGGGGCCUUAGGGAAAAGGCAAGGAUAUUUGUUCCAUCUGGGAGAUGGCUUAUGGGUUGCCUAGAUGAGCUAGGGGUGCUUAAAGGAGGCCAAUGCUUUAUUCAAGUCUCUACACCAUCACUUGAACACUGUUUCUCAAACCAUGGUUCUAGAUUCAGCAAGAGAAGGAAUAAUCUUGAAGUAAUUAAGGGUUUUGUAGUGAUAGCAAAAAACCCUUGUUUGCACCCUGGAGAUGUAAGGAUUUUGGAAGCAGUUGAUGCCCCUGGUUUGCACCAUUUGUAUGACUGUCUUGUUUUUCCUCAAAAUGGUGAUCGGCCUCAUACAAACGAAGCUUCUGGAAGUGAUCUUGACGGGGACCUCUACUUUGUUACAUGGGAUGAUAAUCUUGUUCCCCCAAGCAAAAAAAGCUGCACUCCUAUGCAAUAUGAUCCAGCGCAAGCGAAGACUUUGCCACGCGAUGUCACUCAAAGGGACAUAAUAGAUUUCUUUUCAAGAAAUAUGGUGAAUGAGAACCUUGGGGCAAUUUGCAAUGCUCAUGUGGUUCAUGCUGACAAAAGUGAGCAUGGUGCAUUGGAUGAAAAGUGCAUCAAACUAGCUGAGUUAGCAGCAACAGCUGUUGAUUUUCCAAAAACUGGAAUUAUUGUAGCAAUGCCUCCACAUUUGAAGCCAAGAGAGUACCCUGAUUUUAUGGGAAAAGAAGCAUAUCAAUCCUACCCUUCACCUAAAAUUCUUGGGAGACUUUACCGAGUGAUUAGAGAUGCGUAUGAUGAAGAUGUGUCAGCAUCUUCUGCUCUCAAUUUUGCACCCAAGGAGAUCCCGUACAAUGCAGACCUCGAGGUUUCAGGAGCAGACAAUUUCAUUGACGAUGCAUGGGAUCUCAAAAUCUCUUACGAUGGGCAACUGAAAGGUCUGAUGGAACAAUAUAAAGUGAGGAGGGAAGAGGAGAUUGUGACAGGGCAAAUUUGGUCCAUGCCAAAGCACAACAGCAGGAAGCAAGGGGACCUCAAGGAGAGACUGAAGCAUUCUUACAAUUCAUUGAGAAAAGAAUUUAGACAAAUGUUUGAGAAGAUGGACCCUGAUUUUGAGAAACUCACAGAUGACGAGAAGAAUAUAUUGUAUGAAAAGAAGGCAUCAGCAUGGUACCAGGUUACCUACCAUCCUAAAUGGGUGACGAAAACACUUGACAUGUUAGAGUUGGAUUCAGCUGAAAACACAAUGUUGCUAAGCUUCCCAUGGAUUGCAGUUGAUUACCUCACUUGCAUCAAGAUUAAGAAGUGUGGAGUUGAAAAUGUUGACACUACCAAACCGAUCAGCUCAUUGGCAAAGUACCUUGCUGAUCGGAUUUGAUUUUGACCCCCCAAGGUUUGUGGUGACAAGGCCAUUCUGCCAAUUGUUUUUCCUUUCGAAAGUAAUAGUUCUGCUGCAUUCUGACAAUGCUGUUAGGGUUGGAAUUCAGUCCAAUUUAUCUUCAUUUUGGAGGUGAAUCUAUGUCAGAGUUAGAGAGAAGGGCAAGUGUGGUAGCAUAUUAAUCUUAGUAAUUUUGUGUGAUAUAUUAGCAUGAGCAGUAAUGAUAUGUCACUCUGGAAAGUUAUGCUUUCUCAGCCCCAUUCUUUCAAUACAAAACACAGUGUACUGAGUAUGCAUAACAUGACAUGUUGAGUUUAGAGUAAAUAUUGUGUGCUCAUAUUGUAUUAUUAUCUUAAGAGAAACAGCUUAGCCUCAUUACAAACCCCUCAAAAAUAAGAAUAAGUGAGGCUCUGUCAAACUCAAUUGGUGUUUACCAAAGCUUCAUAGCAAUGUUAAGACUUGAUUUUUACAUCAGUGGGAUUAUUGAUAAUAAUAUGAUUUAUGUUUGUAAAAA